ACUCUUCUUCGUUCGGUCGUCCUUCUCACCUACGAACAAUCUCUCUGUUUCGCGACAACACGCUCACUUGUCUUUCGGGACACUCACGCUCUUUAGCACCCACUACCGGCUCCAUUCACUCGCUUCGGCAGAGUUGAUCUCUCGCCUUACCUCACCUUCGUCGCAAACACUUUCCCCAGAGAUCGAUUCACUUCAUCCGAUUCGCAACAUCAUGUUCACCAAGGCCACUCUCUUCGCUGCCCUUGUGGCUGGCGCAUCUGCCGCUGCUCCUCCAUCGUAUGGAGCUCCCCCAUCGUAUGGAGAGCCACCGGUGUACGACACUCCUGUAGAGUCGACCAGCAGCAGCUACCCAGCUACCAGCUCAAGCUCUACAACCGUCUACUCGCCGGAGCAGCCAACGACCUACCCAGCUUCGAGCUCUUCGACUGCCAUGUCUUCUGCGAGCUCCUCCUCCUCGUCCUCUUCCUCUUCCAUGCCUUUGGCAUACCCAAGCUCCUCCUCCUCCUCUUCGAUGCCAAUGGCAUACCCGAGCUCCUCUUCCUCUUCUUCGAUGCCCAUGGCAUACCCGAGCUCCUCCUCCUCCUCGGUCCCCGUCGCUUACCCAAGCAACUCCACUUCUGCUGUCUCCUCAUCGUCCACGGAGUACUCUCCUAUCCAGCCUACGACUUCCAGCAGCAGCAGCAUGUACCCUCCAACAUACCCUGUCCCUUCGGGUAACAUGACCAGCAGCACCAGCGCGUACCACAGCUCCUGCCUCUCCUGGCGAAAGGCUCCAGACAGGGCGCUCAAGAUGUGUCCGCAAAUUCAGAACCUUACUGACUCAUCACUUUUAGCAUACAUGCCAACUGGUUACGUUCCGACCAGCCAGUCUGUGAAGAGCGAUGUUCCGUCUUCCUACAGCCAGCCUUCGGCUCCAGUGUACUCUGCUCCAGUCUCCUCUUCCAUGAGCUCUCCAGUCUCCCCUGAGAUGCCAUCGGAGACCCACUCUGUGCCAUAUGGAACUGGUGUCUACACCACUUCCGCGCCAGUUCCAUCUGGCUACACGACCUCCGAGGUCAUCUACAGCAAGACUCUGACUUACACGCUCGGCCACGGCUCAUCCACCACCGUUGUGACGACUACCGUCAAGUCUACGUCCACUGUGUUCCUCACCAAGACCGUCUUCCAGACCAAGUCCAAGCCAACUGCCAGCGGUUCCAUUCCUGCCUACCCUGCUCAGAGCAGCGCUUCUACCCCUAACUCUCCUGUUCAGAGCAGCCUUUCUGUCCCUGCCUACCCUGUGCAGAGCAGCGAGUCCCAGCCCUACUCCACCAUGAAGCGCACCUCCACCUUGACCAACAUGAUCACUGUCUACCCAAGCAAGACUCAGGGCUCUCCUGUUGGUCCAUCUGGCACUGCUCCAGCUUCCGACUGUGUUCCUCAAACUGUCACAGUGACCCAGAAGGAGACUGUCUACGUCACCGUUCCUUCGGCAUCGAGCUACUCGAGCGAGGCACCACCGCAGGCCCCUAGCUACAAGACCGAGGGCCCCAAGCAGUCUUCCUCUGCUGUCUAUUACCCAACCCAGAGCACCUACCCAGUCUCUUCGGGCAUGGCAUCGAGCACCGGAUUCGCUACUUCUUACACCAAGCCAAGUGCCCCGGUCUACCAGCCAUCGACCACCAGCUCGGCUCCUUACAGCCCAGAGAUGCCAACUUCGUCCUCUAGCAGCAGUGUACCAACAUACCCGGCUUCGUACGCUUCUUCCAGCAGCUCGACCGAGCAGUCGCCAGUCUACCCAUCGACCAGCAGCAGCAGCAGCGUCCCAGUCCCAACCUACCCAUCGACCAGCAGCAGCAGCGUCCCAGUCCCAACCUACCCAUCGACCAGCAGCAGCAGCGUCCCAGUCCCAACCUACCCAUCGACUAGCAGCAGCGCUCCAGCACCAACCUACCCAUCGACUAGCAGCAGCGCUCCAGCACCAACGUACCCAGCCCCAUCCAGCUCCUCCAGCACGACUGUGAACUCCCCAGUCCUCCCCACCACCAGCAGCACCGCUGUCUACGAAUACAAGCCUACCACCAGCAGCAGCGCUGUCUACGAAUACAAGCCCACCACCACCGCCGAGCAGCCAGCAACUUACUACGUCACUCCCGUCCCCAGCAAGCCAGCUGCGGCCUACGAGGCUCCUAAGUAA